ACUAUUGUUAAUAUUUAUUUAUAAGUAUGGCAACCAGAAACUUGACAGAAGCUUUUAUUAUUAUGCGAAAUAAUGCCUUACAAACUAAGCACUUAUAUGCAGAGCAGGAUAUGUCAGAUAGAAUGGCCCUUGUAGAUUCUGAAAAUAUAGGCUCGGAUGAUGUAGAAUUAACAGGGAUAAAUCUUAGUAAUACGGCCCCACCACCUUGGAUCGAUGCCUUAGAAGAAACUCAGUAUAUUUUAAGUCGCUUGAAAAAUAAAGUAGAUAAUUUAAUAGAAUUACAAUCAAAACAACUUACGAGGCCUACCUUAGACGACAAUUGUCAAGUAAUUAACAAGGCGUAAAUGGAACAGUUAACUCGUGAGAUAGGUAAAUCCUUUUCUAGUGGAUUCCGGCAAGUGCAAAUAAUUAGAUCAGCUGUCAAAAAUGAAAAGAAACAAGCCGAAAAACAACUCGCAAUUAAUGCAGUUUUGGCUCUUUCAUCCGCAUUACAAGAUUUGGGAUUACGAUAUCGUUCGGCGCAACAAAAUUAUUUGCAAAAGAUUAAUUCAAGAGAGGAGAGAAAUAGACUUUUUUUCAACGACGAGCCAUUUGAUAUGAUGAAUAAAUCAUCGGACUAUUGGAUAAAUGAUUCAACAAAUAACGAACCUGACGCUAGUUCGUGGCAAACUCAACAGUGCCAAGAUUCUGUUCUUCUUCAAAUAGACGAUGCUGAAAAAAACGUAAGGAUAGCUAUGGAAAGAGAACAAGAAGUAGAACAUAUUGUUCAAAGCAUAUCAGAGCUUCAUAAUGUGUUUAAGGAACUUGCAUGUAUGGUCCAGGAUCAAGGAACAGUCUUAGACCGAAUUGAUUAUAAUAUGGAACAGACACAAGUUCAAGUACACGAGGGCUGUCAACAGUUGAAAAAAGCAGAAUCGUACAAAAAAAGUAAUCGUAAACUGUAUUGCAUUUUAAUAUUAGUGGGAUCGGUUAUUUCAUUAAUAUUUUUUUAUACAUUAUUUUUAUCUUAG